AUGGUAUGGUUUAUAAUGGAAUUUCAAUGGCAUGAUUUGAAUACACCAUUAUCAAUAUGCAUAUGGCUUUUAUCAAUUAUUUUAAUUAAAAUAUUAUCACAUUCAAGUAAACGACUUACUAUUGUACCUGAUUCUGCACUAUUAAUUCUUGUUGGUUUUGCUGCUGGUAGUAUAAUGGAUCGUUUUUGGCCACAUGAAAUUUAUUUACAUCCAGAUUUUUUUUUCCUCUAUUUAUUACCACCAAUAGCAUUGGAUGCUGGUUAUGCAUUACCUAAUCAAGCAUUUUUUGAAAAUUUUGGUACAAUUAUUUUAUAUGCUGUAGUUGGAACAAUUUGGAAUAUUUUUUCUGUCGGUUUUUUUCUCUUUAUGGCAUCACCAUUUUUUUCUGUCACAUUACCAUGGCUUGAUUUAUUCCUCUUUUCAACAUUCAUUUCGGCGGUAGAUCCGGUUGCUGUUUUAAGUGUUUUUGAAGAAAUUAAAGUUAACCGAUUACUGUACAUUUGUGUUUUUGGUGAAUCAUUACUGAAUGAUGCUGUAACAAUUGUAAUGUAUCAUGCAUUAGCUGCAAUGGUUAAAAUUGGACCAGAAAAUUUGGAAAUGGAAGAUUUUAUCAAAGCACUUAUAUCAUUCUUUCUUGUCAGUUUUGGUGGAAUACUGAUUGGAAUUGUUGGUGCUGCACUUACUGGCUUAGCUACUAAAUAUUCAAAUAAACAACAAGUAUUACAACCAUUGAUCUGUUUACUUAUACCAUAUCUUUCAUAUUUGAUAGCAGAAAGUGUUCAUUUUUCUGGUAUUCUUGCUAUUGUUCUUUGUGGUUUAAUGAUGAAACAAUACCUUGCUGGUAAUUUAUCAAAAGAAUCAUUGGUCACUACAAGUUAUUUUUUAAAAACACUUUCAACAAGCUGUGAAGCGAUAAUAUUUGUUUUCUUGGGAUUGUCAACUGUAUCAAAAAGACAUGAUUGGAAUUCAGUUUUUAUUGGAACAACAUUACUUGCAUGUUUAGUUUGUAGAUUUACUGGAACAUAUUUUCUGACAUGUUUGGCAAAUAGAGGAAGACGUCAAAAAAUAAAUUUUGUUGAUCAAUUUAUUAUGGCAUACGGUGGUUUACGUGGCGCUAUUUGUUAUGGCCUAGUGAUGACAUUAGAUAAGGAUGCUGUAUUGGCCAAGGAAAUGUUUGCAUCAACUACAAUUAUUGUUAUUUUAACUACUGUUUUCUUGCAGGUAAACAUUUAA